AUGGUGUGUAAGAGGUUAAAAAGUGGAAUGAAGAGCCCUGUGACCAGGGGGAAGCGCCCUGACCCCCGGGCCUGGAGUAGCCCAAUCCUAACUACCCCACCUACCCCACCCAAGGCGUUCGAACGUUGCCUCCAGCAUCCGGGCACCAGAGUAGCCAACGGACCCGGGACCAGACCACUGGGUACUGGCGACCGCGGAGCUGCUUCUUCGCGCAGACCUCCAAGGUGGCGCCCCACGUCGAGGCGUGGCGGGAGGCGCCUUCCGAAGGCCUGCGCGAGGCGGGGCUGCCCGGGGAUCCCAGCCAGAGUUGGGCCUGGGGCGCCGCCAGAGCGCUCGCGGCCGCUGGGCCAGGAGGGGCGGCUGCCGUGCAGCUGCCACACGAGCUGCCUGGAGGCACCGCUGUCAUGCCUGCUCCAGCGCCUGGUCGGCGCGGUAGGCUCGCACCCCUGGCUGUUCCUGCUAGGGCCGUAGCUGCUGACCGCCGCGCUGGGCUCUGGCCUCAUCUAGCUGCCGAAGGAGAAGGAGAACCUGGAGGAGCAGUACACGCCCGUCCGCAGCCCGGCCAAGGCAGAGCGGCGUUUCGUGCCGGGCCACUUCAGUACAUACUGCUUCUCGGCAGCCGGCACCAGCUCCGAGGCCAACUUCACAUCCAUCCUGGUGGUGUCGCUGCAGGACUCGCUGCUGGAGAAGAUGUGCUCGGAGGUGAGCAGGCUGGACCACGCGGUGCAGGUGCUGACAGUGGUGCAGGAGAACAGGAUGCGGAUUGCCUACUGCGAGGCAUGCGCCAAGUACCGGCGACUGUUGCCGCCCAAACCGAUGCUGUUCUCCUGGCAGUCCCGAGCGUCGCUGGACCUAAGGAACCUCACCUUCCGCAUCCACAACAUGUCGGGCCACCUCAUCCACCUGGCCCCCUCCUUCGCGGGAAACCUCUUGGGCGAGAAGAUUGGGAUGGGCCAGUGCCUGCUGGAGUCCAGCGCCUUGCGGCUCCUCUACUUCCUGAAGACUGAGGGCCCCGAGGACAGUGAGUGCAACAAGGCCUGGCUCACCCUCUUUCUAGAUCAUUUCGAGGACGUAAAGCAGAGCCGGGCUCUGCAGAAGGUCGAGGUGGUCUACUUUAUAUCCCUUUCCAGACAGCUGGAAUUCGAGGCAACGUCCAAGACUGUGAUCCCACUGUUCCACUUGGCCUAUGUUCUAAUCAUACUUUCUGUGGUUAUAUCAUGCUUCAGGUUGAACUGUAUAAGAAACAAAAUGUGUGUUGCGGUCUUUGGCGUAUUUGCCUUGGUCCUGUCAGUGGUGAGUGGCUUUGGCCUGAUGGUGCACAUUGGGGUGCCAUUUGUGAUCAUAGUUGCAAAUUCACCAUUUCUUAUCCUUGGUGUUGGGGUUGAUGACAUGUUUAUCAUGAUUUCUGCCUGGAAGAAGACCGGCCUUAAGGACAGUGUAAGAGAACGAAUCUCCAGUUCUUAUUUCAGGGUGGCAGUGUCCAUUACAAUCACCACCACCACCAGCGUCCUGGCCUUCUACACAGGAAUCACCAGCUCCUUCGGGUCCGUACAGUACUUCUGCAUCUACACAGGAGCAACCCUAAUCUUUUGUUAUUUUUAUAGUAUCACCUGUUUUGGAGCAAUUAUGGCCCUGGAUGGUAAAUGAGAAUUUGCCUGUCUCCGCUGGUUAGAAAAUCCUGACCAGAAGUUUUCCUCAUUAAAAAAGACCUGCUGUCUCCCAUUCUGCUGUUCUCCAGAUGAAAAUGGAGAAGAUGAACAUCCAAUGAAUUUGUUCUUCAGAGACUGUUUUGGUCCAUUUCUCACAACUACCAAAGCCAAGUUUUCGGUAGUGCUGAUAUACAUUUUUUACAUCAUAAGCAGUAUAUGUGGGUGUUUCCAAGUGCAGGAAGGGUUAGACCUUCGUAAUCUAGCAAAUGAUGAUUCCUACAUCACACCAUAUUUUAAUGUCGAGGAAGAUUACUUCUCAGAUUAUGGCCCAAGGGUUGUGGUUAUUGUUACUGAAAGCAUCAACUACUGGGACAAAGAUGUAAGACAGACCCUGAACAAAUGUAUGGUAAAAUUUGAAGAAAAUGAAUAUGUAGAUAAAAAUCUCACAGAUGUUUGGUUGGAAGCAUAUGUUCAGUUUAUGAAAAAUACUGGAAAUGAUCCAAAUAAUAAGAAUGCUUUUAUGACUAAUAUUGGUGGCUUUUUAAGACUUUAUCCUGUUUUCACAUAUGAUAUUAAUAUUUCAACAUCAAAUGAAAUCUCUUCUUCCCGGUUCUUCAUCCAGACUAUAGGGGUUUCCUCUUCCAGCAGUAAGAAGAAAAUGCUGCUGCAGUUACGGGGCAUCGCUGAAAACUGCGAUGUCCCCCUGAUGGUGUACAACCCAGCCUUCAUCUAUUUUGAUCAGCUUGCUGCAGUCAUCAAGAACACUGUGCGGAACGUGAUAAUUGCAACCACAGCUAUGUUCAUUGUCUCCUUGUUGUUAAUCCCUCAUCCGGUGUGUUCCUUGUGGGUCACUUUUGCUAUUGCUUCUGUGAUUGUGGGGGUGACAGGUUUCAUGGUAUUCUGGAAUGUCAACCUUGACUCCAUAUCCAUGAUUAAUCUUCUCAUUUGUAUCGGAUUUUCUUUUGAUUUUUCUGCAUACUUCUCCUAUGCAUUUGUUUCCAGUUCUGAGACCUCGGUAAACAAAAAGUGCAUCGAGGCAUUAUACAUGCUAGGCUACCCAGUGUUGCAAAGUGAUUCAACAAUAAUAGGCAUGUGUGUUUUAUCUGCAGCUAAAGCAUACAUAUUCAGAACGUUUUUUAAGAUUAUGUUUCUUGUUAUGAUUUUGGGGGCUGCUCAUGGCCUAAUUUUUAUUCCAGCAUUCGUAACCUUUUUUAAAAAGUAA